GGGUUUGUAGCGUGUAAUGUAAUGCUAUGAUAGUUUGGUAAUACGCGUUAUUUACAUUUGUUCAAAAUUAUAUUGUUUUGUAUUUAGUAUAUUUAGUAAUUCUUAGUGAUGUUUCGUAUAUAUUGGAAUGAAAGACAGUAAAAAGUAUGUUAUAUUGACAUCGCAAUGUGUGAAUAUAAAUGUUUUUCAUGUAAAAGUAGAAAGAAGUUGAAUAAUUGAUCGAUUAACGUAUUUUUUGUUACAAGUACAUUGAAUAAACGGUUAUAAUAAAGAAAGAUAAUGUCUACAAAAAGGGAAUUAAAAGUAUUUUUAGAGAAGAUAUCAGCCGAAGCAAAAUUUACCAAAUUCAGCUAUACAUCAGCAGAAAUAUUCACCGUCCUCUUAAAAUGUAAGGUAGAAGAGGGUGAUACAGAGCACUAUAACAACUAUACAAAAGAAUGGAUAAGAAGAUUCUCCGGAUUCACUAACACUACAUGGAUUGUACACAACUGUUUUCCAAAUAUGAAACGGCUGGUGUACAGAAAAUCAUUCUGGUGCCAUCGUUCAAAUCAAAAUAAAUCUAAAACCUCCGAACGAACCAAGAAUCUAAACUGCAGAGCCAAAAUCGACUUCAAAAUAAAAAUUAUCAAUAGGAAUACUACAAGAAAAGAUUUAGAUUUGAGAAUGGGUCUAAAUAUGAAUAUUAGCAUUGAGUUUAACCAUAGUCACUUAAUACGCCACCCGAAGUGUCUGAGCCAGUUAAGAACUUCUAGUCAAGCUGAUUCUGCUUUCUACGAAUAUUUUAAUGAUGGUUACUCGCCUUCGAUGGCUAAAUGUUACCAUGAACUGCUUCUAACAGAGCAAAAUGAACCAGAUAGUGGAAUUAUCGAGAAUGCAAGCGUAAAUCCUACUCUGCGACACAUCAUAUACAUAUUUCAAAAGAAAAGGACUCAAAAAACUAUAGAUACUAAUGAUGUUAUUAAUAGAAAGAUUGAGACUUUACAGAAAAGUGGUCAUAUAGUGAAAUACUCUACGAGCAAUCAGUUUGCUGUAAUUAUUACCCCGCUGAUGGGGCGAGUUGUGACAGAAUUUAGUAUUGAAAGCGUAUUAAUAGAUGUAACACCAAUACAUACUGGGCCUUUUGUUAUGAUGGUAUUUGUGCCUACGCCGCUUGGUUCGCUGCCCAUCGCAUGUGUUAUAUUCAAUGACAGAAACGUAGGUAUAUAUGAGCACAUAUUUCUGGCUAUAUCAUCAGCCAUUGAGACAGGUUUCGCAAAACGCUUCGAGCCUAAAUUAGUUUCAUUUGGAAAUACAUUCAUAAAAGAAGCUUUAACUUCGAUGUUUCCGAGAAUAGUGGUAAAACCGGACAGGUUUGAGAUUUGUAGAGAAUUCUGGGAAUUUAUUUGCGAUGACGACAAUAAAGUAGAAAAAAGCAAACGCCAUGAAAUUAUGCAAUUGUUCAAGUCUUUAAUUUAUUCUGAUAAUAUAGAAGAAGCUAUUACAAUACAUUAUAGUUUAGUAAACAAUGAUAUAAUGCAACCGUUUUUGCAAAAAAUGGAAUCCGUCUGGCAAGAUUGGGAGCAAUGGAUGGGGGUAAAAGACUUCAACGGAAAACAUAUUGAAGCGCCUAUAAUAUUUAUAAAAGAAUUCUUUAUACAGAAAUGUAAGUCUUUUAAUUUAUGUGUGAUGAUGGACGUUGUUACUAAAAUUCUAGAGAGUCACUUUCAGAAAAUGAUAAUUGCAUAUAUAAACAAUGAUGUUGUAGGUUUGCAUACAAAGUUCCUAUCAAAAAUUGACCUUACUUCAGAAUCUAUACACAAAGAGGGACCUAAUGAUUAUAUAGUUGCAGGCGAUGGAAAGACCACUUAUCAUUUGAAUACAGAUUCCCUUUGCUGUGAUUGUAAAGUAGGUGUGAAAGGACGAAUAUGUGAACAUUUAACAAGCGUACUAAAUACUGUCAACUACAAAUACAAUAACGCUAGCGAUUCCAUAGAUACUGAUGUGGUUUAUAAAAUAGCUGGUGAGGUUAAAGUAAAAGUUGAAAAUGAUAAUAGGGAAGAAAUGGAAGAUUGUGAGAUGCCCUUUGACACAACUGAUAGACCUAUGUCAGCUUCAUCAAAUGAAAGUGAUGUUUCUACCGAAAUAAAGCAAGAAAUAGAUCCACUAAAUGCAAAUUACUGCAUAGAUAAUGUUGUAACUUUAAAUUUAAAAGCACAAUAUGACGCAAACAUGAAGGCAUUGAAUGACGAGUUCAGAAGACUGAACAGAUUGUUUAAGAAUAACCCGAAUAAAGCUAACAUGGAGACGAUGGCGCGGUUAGCUAAAGAAUUGGCUAAAAUAAGACCAGUGGAAGAGACGGAUUUUUCGAAUAUGUUUGUCCAAAUGGACUCCUGAAUAUGUUGAGUUCUCAGGAUUUGUUGUUAUCGAAUUAUAAAAUUAUAUCAGAGCUAAAUAAACAAUAUUAAGAACUAA